AUGGAGGGGAAGGACGCAAUCACCACCGAAGGCACCUUGCUUCUGAACCUGACCACUGUCGCCACACGAGACACCGACGAUUUCUUUGGAGGAUUCGCCAGCAAAUAUUCACGCUACACCGCCACGCAGGCAAUACUAAUCGCCCUGGUGCUUGGCAUCAUCAUCGUCGGGACUGUGAUCGGGAACAUUCUAGUCUGCGUCGCCGUCUUCUUCGUUAAGAAGCUAAAAAGACCCUGCAAUUAUCUAUUGGUCAGCUUGGCGGUCAGCGAUCUAUGCGUCGCUCUUCUGGUAAUGCCGAUGGCGUUAAUCUACGAGAUCUCCGGUAAUUGGUCCUUCGGUGCGAAUAUGUGCGUUGUUUGGGUUAGCUUCGACGUGCUCAGCUGUACAGCCAGCAUACUGAAUCUCUGCAUGAUCUCCGUAGACCGAUUCUGGGCUAUAACGAAGCCGCUGAAAUACGGGGUGAAAAGGACAACUAGACGGAUGAUCACCUACAUCAUCCUCGUUUGGCUGACGGCGGCCUGCAUCAGCCUGCUACCUUUGCUGAUUAUGGGAAACGAGUACACUUACUCCGAGACAGGGCCGUCACUUUGCGACGUCUGCCAGAAUUUCUACUACCAGAUCUGCGCCACGCUGGGGAGCUUCUACAUACCCCUGAUCGUCAUGAUCGUGGUGUACUACAAGAUACUCUGCGCGGCGCGCAAAAUAGUCCUGGAGGAGAGGAGGGCGCAAAGCCAUUUAGAGGCGCACUGCUACCUCGACAUAGAACCGACGGUGCAGCCGCAUCAGCCGGUCGUCGCGAACCGUCAAUUAAAUUCUGACGUGCAAACCAGCCAUGGAAGUCCGCCUGUGAUGCAGCACCGAAGUUCGAGCGCCUCGACGACGAUACGAUCGAACCCUCGUGGCGAUACGCAGGAUAAAAUGAGAGCGUGCAGCGGCCAUGGGACGCGCUGUUUCGCUAGUGGUCCCCGUAAGAGCAACGAGUCCCAGUGUCCGAUGUUGCAGAAGCUCGAGAAACCAAUCCCCUCCACGACAACCACACCACCGAUGACGUCUACCAAGUCAACGAUCGUGAGGAACCACCUGAACAGCACCUGCAGCGUCACGAAUUCUCCCCACCAGAAGAAGCUCAGGUUCCACCUGGCGAAGGAAAGAAAGGCCAGCACUACAUUGGGCAUCAUAAUGAGCGCGUUCACCAUCUGCUGGCUGCCAUUCUUCGUGUUGGCCCUUGUCAAGCCAUUUCGAGACGCGAUCCCACCGUUUCUAUCCAGUCUGUUCCUCUGGCUAGGCUACUGCAACAGCCUCCUGAACCCGAUCAUCUACGCGACGCUGAACAGGGACUUCCGGAAGCCUUUCCGCGAGAUCCUCUACUUUCGUUGCAGCAACCUGAAUCACAUGAUGAGAGAGGAGUUCUAUCAGAGCCAGUACGGCGAUCCUAUCAAUAAUUACGAGAUCAAGGCGGGCGAGAUGGAUGGCGACGAACGCCUGGACAAUCAGGGAAUCGAGGCGAUCGACGUAGGGGCAAACGCGCCGAACGAAAGCUUCCUGUGA